CCUUUGCAUUGUGCAUGUAGAAAUGCUCUUACUUUCACUAUUAAACAAAGCUAUGAGUUCUACUGGUGAUUUCCUACGAUCACCUAUGAGUUUGUUCUAACCACAUUUGUUCCUCCAAGAUGAUGGUUCACCACUAUCCUUCAGGUUUUAAUAAUGUGUUGGACAAUUCUUAACCUGAUUUUAGUAGUUUCAGUAAUUUCCUUAGUUGUUUUCUUUGCUUGAUGCAGGCCAAUAAUUUGACCUUUCUGAAACAGAUUAACAUCAUUUCCAUGACCACAGGAUAUGUCUUCUGACAUGGUUGUUUAAGAAACGAGAAGCUCCUCACUGCAUCAGCUGGUGGUUAAAUAAGUUGUUGCAGAUGAAACAUAUUCAUCACUACAGUAAUUAUCCAAUGGAAGGCUCUUACCGAUUUGCUGAGUUAAAUCCAAAUGGCAACUUUUUUUGGACAGGCAGUGUAUGAAAAUGAGAGGAGAAUGAAAGACAAGCAUGUGACAUGUGUCAUGUAAUAAACUAUUCUAUUAACAUCAGGUGACUUUGCAGUUUACAGACAAAUCCACAUGCUGUUCCUCACAAAAAUCAAUCAUUCCUCGGUAGAUGAUUUACUGCAUUUGUAACAAAAGUUUGUUACUGUAACUAUAUAGCACCAAAGGGAGUGAGCUGCAAUGAUUUGGGGGAUGCAUGUCAUAGAUAAACCACAGCAUCCUGAGAGCAUAACCAAAAACUGGAAGCAAUAUUGAAUUUGCCUAAACAGAUGGACAGCGCUCCCUUGUGACACAUUACAGAUAUUACACCGUCCACGAAACAUUACCAGGCGUUUGGGAAGUAGUACCCGGAUCCUUUACUUAAACACACUAAUAUCAUAAGGUGUUUUUCUGUACAAGUAAAAGCCCUAAAUUCAAAGUUUCAUGGAAACUUUAAAUUGUAAAAUUUUACCACUUACUUAAAAAUUUCAAAUCUGCUCUAAGAAAGACACAUAAUCAUGUAUUAAAAGAAGAAUAGACUUAUGCAAAUGUCUUUCCAGGAUGAAAAUGCAAAAUACAUUCGAAUAUAAGCAAUAAAUAACACAAAAUGUAUACUUGCGCAUCUUGUACCUUCCAUUAAAAUGUAUUAACUGGUAGAUAGUAACAGUAAUAAACAGAUAAUGUUGACUUCGUUCUUUCUUUCAUCUCUGUGUGUCUGAAACCUUUUUCAUGAUUCAUAAUUCCUUUGAAAAUUAUCAUUUUCAGCCGAUGCAGUGCAACAAACAGCCUGCAGUUUUGUUGGGACAGUAAGAACUGGAGAGGAGGGGCCCCUGCCCAUGAGUAUGGUUCCGGUCUGUGCUCAAAUGGGCCGAUACAGUCUCUGGCUGGCUGGGUCAGACUCGUUCUCGACUCUGAGCCAAGUUUGUCGCCACUUGCGCCUCUCUAUUGUGAGCGGGCAGCAGCUGCCUCUGCAGGGGUCCCGGUGACUGCUGAGAGGGACGUCCUGCACUGUGGGUUACCCUCAUCAACAAAGUCCAGUGGAUCAGACCUCAAAGUUCUGUCUGCUGAGUAUUUUGGUCUCUGCUCUGCUCUCUGUUGUCCAGGCCGGGCUCGCUUCCAUUGAACACCAAACUUACAGAGGACACUGUAUGUAUUUGGAUUUGCAACAUGAGUCUGAUCCUGUUUGGGACUCUGCCCUUCAAAGGGAAUCCUUGUGCCUCUCUGUCCAGUGUCACCGUUGCUCUCUGUGUUUUUGCCCUUCUCCUAAUGGCCCUCAGGGGCAGAAAACGCCACUGGUUCUUCCUGCACCUCCAGUGUGAUUCCCACGUGGACCACACAAAGUACCCCCCUCCUCCUGGCCCCACGCCGUGGCCCCUUGUUGGGAAUCUGCUCCAGAUGGGGGACCAGAUUCACCUGUCUCUAACCCACUUGAGGCUCCAGUAUGGGGAUGUUUUCAAGAUGCGUCUGGGCUCUCUGAGUGUUGUCGUCCUGAGUGGGUACACCACCAUCAGGCAGGCGCUGGUUCGGCAGGGGGAGGCUUUCGCCGGGCGGCCUGACCUUUUCACUUUCUCUGCUGUGGCCAAUGGGACCAGUAUGACCUUCAGUGAGAAGUACGGACCAGCGUGGCUGCUCCAUAAGAAACUGUGUAAGAACGCCCUCAGGUCUUUCUCCCAGGCUGAGCCCCGGGGAUCUGGUGCCACCUGCCUUCUGGAGGAGCAUGUAUGUGCUGAGGCUGCUGAGAUGGUGGAGUGGAUUCGGGAACAAGCUGCUAAAGGACAAACAGACCAUAAUGUGACAGGUAUAGAUCCAGUGACGCCCCUGGUGACUUCAGUGGCAAAUGUGGUCUGUGCCCUGUGCUUUGGGAAAAGGUAUGACUACAACGACAAGGAGUUUCUCACUAUUGUUCACAUCAACAACGAGGUCCUGAGGAUCUUUGCAGCAGGAAACUUGGCGGAUUUCUUCCCGGUGUUUCGUUACUUUCCAAGUCCAUCUCUGAGGAAGAUGGUCCAGCACAUUCACAGAAUGAAUGGAUUCAUGGAGCGGAGCAUUGAGGAACACAUCAACACCUUCGAUAAGAACUACAUCCGGGACAUUACAGAUGCUCUGAUUGCACUUUGUGAAGACAGAGAAGAAAACAAGGAUGCAUCAGUGCUCUCCAACUCUCAGAUCAUUCACACCGUCAUAGACAUCUUCGGAGCUGGAUUUGACACCAUCAUUGCUGGAUUGCAGUGGAGCCUGUUGUACCUCAUCAAGUUUCCUGACAUUCAGGACAGAAUACACCAGGAGAUAGAUGACCACAUUGGCUCAGCCAGACUGCCCAGGUUUUCAGAUAAGGCCAAGAUGCCUUUCACAGAGGCGUUCCUAUACGAAGUGUUCCGCCAUGCGUCGUAUGUUCCUUUCACCAUACCUCAUUGUACCACAAGAAACAUCACCUUGAAUGGAUAUUUCAUUCCCAAAGAUACAUGUGUCUUCAUUAACCAGUAUCAAGUCAAUCAUGACAGUGACCUUUGGGGCGAUCCGGACACAUUUCGCCCUGAACGCUUCCUCGGUCCAUCCGGACUCCUCAACAAAGAGCUCACAGAAAAAGUUCUUAUCUUCGGGAUGGGGAAGAGACGUUGUCUUGGUGAUGGAUUUGCUCGUUUGGAGAUGUUUGUCUUUCUCACCACGCUGCUUCAAGGGCUGAGGAUUGAAAAGGUUCGAGGCCAGGAGCUGGAUCUCAGCACCGAUUUUGGUCUGACUAUGAAACCACGUCCAUACAGGAUUACCAUCUCAUCAAGAUUUUAGACCUAAAAAGCAAAAUGUUGCUCCUUGUGGAUAUUUUGGAAUAUCACAAAUACUAAUUACUAUUUGCCACCAUCUUUGGCUAACCUUCAUAAUUCCACAGAGAUAAAGCAUCUGUCAUUAUUGCUCACAGACUGGAGUUUCUAUUUUUUGCCAAAUGUUGUUAAAACAUAAGCACACAAAUGAUCAGCAGAAGUGAAAUAUAUGUAUAUCCUUAAUGUGAACUAACUUCACUGUAAUGAACACGAUAUGCUGAGCCCUGGUCUGUCAAACUUUAAAAGUUUCCCUCUUCCUUUCAGUCCCACCACAUUAAAAAUGAAAGUAGCUUGAAAACAUUCCCUAAUUAAAAGCCUUUCUCUUAAGUUAUUAGUUACAGUUAAACACUGAGGGAGGAAGUGAGGGGGUGUUUCAGAUUGGUGAUUAGUGCUUCAGGCCUCAAAUUGUGUUCAUGCAGGGUUCAUCCCUAUCCUCAUCGAACCUCGUCUUCCUCUUUAGUGCUUUCACUUUCCUCCCAUCUCCUCCUCAUCUGUUCGAUUCUUUUCAUCUUCUCACCCACAUCAUGUCCUUGCCUUCCUGUCCUUAUCCUCCCUCUCUGACUCCUCCUCCUCUAAAUGUAGCUUCAAAGCUUCGGGUUUUGCACCAACUCAUCUUCUCCCAAUGCUUCCCCAGUGGCUCUCUGAGGAGAGAUGCCAAAAAUAUAUUCAGAACCUCGUCCUUCUUGCCCAUCGGCACUGUGACCUCCCACACAACCAGAUUAGAAACCAGACAUCUUACAAGGAGGUAAAGAGGACAGUGAAGUGUGAAAUCAGACAGUUAUUUUCAUAUGCUAAAUGUGAAGAAUCAUGCCAGGAUAUGUUUGAGAAAAAGAGAAGUCAGGCAGAAUUACUCAAAGGAACUUUAUCCGUUAAUGAAAAGUUUAGAAGUUAUGUUCAAGACAAUACAAUCUUUUGUCAAAUUUGUAUUUGUUCAGGUAAAGUUUACUGAAGUUUUUAUUCCAUGAGAAAACUAUCUGGAAACUCCAUUAAACAGACAUGCAGUCUUGUAUGAUUUGCCAGGAAGAUGUUUCACCUCAACAAUAGGAGGUUAAAUCUGUUGCAAGGAUUCAAACUGGCAACCAUCUAGUGAUAGUUGUCUUCAUUUACCUCUCAGGCUCUCAGGAAUGGCACUAAAGACCACAUCAUUCAGCUGUUGAUUGGUCCUGCUGUUGGUGGUUUGACUGUCACUGCGUAGAAUAAUGUAUAUGUAGAGUUUGAAACUAGAAUGCUGCUUUUGUCAUUUAUGUGCUGAAGGGUGAAAAUUUCUCUGUGCUCAUCUAAAAUCCUAGUUAAAGUCGAUGUGUAGCAACUGUAUGAAAUAGUUUAAAGGCCCACCAUGGUCCAAUAUGUGAUUGCACAAGAGUGAUGUGACAACUAAAAUAUGGCUGGAGGGGAUCUUCAAAGUUUUCUUUUUCUCUUGAUUUUGAAAAAUCUGGUAAUUUGUGAGGUAUAUUUGUUCCACCGUUACAAAAAAUAUUGGUUAAUUGGUCCCUGAUUGAGUUUAUAUAAUGUUAAAAUGAUUUAAUUUUAACUUAAACGUAAGUUAAAUGUUAACUCAUUUCUUGAAAUUAUUUUUUCUCAGUUGCUGGUUUUUAUUGUGUGCAGUUGUAAAUGUUACAUAUUCAGUUGACAUAUUUUAUUUAUUAUUGCAAACAUCUCAAAUUACCUCUUUGCAAGAUUAUAUCAGAGCAUGAAAUAUCACUGAACACAUCUUUAUUAUUGUUGAAUCUUAAAACUGAAGUCAACGAUUUUUUUGGAAGAAGUAUAGGAAAUGAGAAAAAGAGUUAAAGAAAUAAUAAAGCACAUAUAACCUGUAAUAUGUGGUGAUUUUUUAAAAAAGAAAUGUAAUCUAGUUUGGAUAAAAGCACUCGCAUUGUCAUGUGAACAGUAAUUAAAAUGUGAGCUUCUAACAAUGUCUUUGUGAAAACAUGUAAUAUGAAAAUAAAAUAAAAA